AACGAUUAUCACCUAUCGGACUAGCAUAGAUUAUAUCGUAUUUCGCAUUAUAUCCGCGGCAUCUGGAACAGAACGCCGCCGUUUGUAAAUUGCCUUUUUCGUUCAUGAUCGUCUUCAGUACAAUACAUCCUAACAUUAUGUGUAUAUGCAAAAUAAUAUUCUGAAAAUGGAAUUCCCAUCGGAAAGACAAAAUAUAUAGUUUGUUUUAAAUUACUAAAAUGAAUCAGGAAAAUGAAUCGACCGAAGUAAAUUCAGAAAAUAUAGCAAGCACUUCAGGAGUUGCUAAAAAUGGAGCUGCCGCCACGUUGGUGAUGUUAAAAAAUGCGCGGGAUGCAAAAAUGCGACCUUUCAUUGGUCCGCUCAUGUUAUCCUCGUGCGAGUCUUCAACGACAUCCACACUCCCGUCACCUUCGUCGUCAGCUGAUAAAACGGAUAAUCACGACACAUUCAACUUCCUUCCUGAUAUGCCCGACAUGCGUCGUGAAGAGGAACGUCUGAAAACAUUUGAUCAGUGGCCCGUUACGUUUUUGACGCCGGAACAAUUGGCCCGCAACGGAUUCUACUACCUCGGUCGCGGCGACGAGGUGUGCUGUGCUUUCUGUAAGGUAGAAAUUAUGAGGUGGGUCGAAGGCGACGAUCCUGCCGCCGAUCAUCGGAGAUGGGCGCCCCAGUGUCCCUUUGUACGAAAACAAAUGUAUGCCAACGCUGGGGGAGAGGCGGCUGCUGUCGGUAGAGACGAAUGUGGGGCCAGUGCGGCCACGCAGCCUCCCCGCAUGCCCGGCCCCGUGCACGCGCGGUACUCCACCGAGGCCGCGCGGCUCGCCACCUUCAAGGACUGGCCGAGAUGUAUGCGCCAAAAACCCGAGGAACUGGCAGAGGCCGGAUUCUUCUAUACAGGCCAAGGUGACAAAACGAAAUGCUUCUAUUGCGACGGAGGGCUAAAAGAUUGGGAAAGCGAUGACGUUCCGUGGGAACAGCACGCCAGAUGGUUCGACCGCUGCGCGUACGUGCAAUUGGUGAAAGGACGUGACUACAUUCAGAAGGUGAAGUCGGAGGCCACUGCGAUAUCUGCUAGCGAAGAAGAACAGGCCGCCACCAAUGAUUCGACUAAGAACGUCGCUCAAGAGGGCGAGAAACAUUUGGAUGACUCUAAAAUAUGUAAAAUAUGUUAUUCCGAGGAGCGUAACGUGUGCUUCGUGCCGUGCGGCCACGUGGUGGCGUGCGCCAAGUGCGCGCUGUCGACGGACAAGUGCCCGAUGUGUCGCAGGACGUUCACGAAUGCGGUGCGGCUCUACUUCUCGUGAAAGGACCCUCCUCGCGAGCUGUAUACUAGUCACUUCACCGGGCGGCCCUGAAGCGUGCUGAAACCACCCUUCGAACGAAACCGCGUAUCCUGUGAUUUUUACAUUAAAUAAAUUUACAAAUUGAUAGCGGUGGGGCAAUGUAUAGGAACUCGUCAGAACUCGCGAGUUGACGUGCAGGAAGGAGUUAGUGAUUUGUAAACUUGUAAACUGAUGUUGAAAUGAUUUUAUUUAUUAUUUAAAAUUCUAAUGACAAAGUGUAAGUAAAUAAAUGUACAUAUUAUUUUAGAUUAUCAAUUUGUCCCACCGACAAAAGUGAAAUGUACAUAGGUGUUUUCAUAUCACUUC